AUGGAGUCUACUGCAACAGACCUCUUCGUUGGUAAAUUUAUAGCCAUUCUAGAGAGUGAAGCAGCCUCCAUAGCGGGUGUUCGUGAUCAAGUUGAUGAGAUUAAGCAGGAGCUGGUAUUCAUGAAAUCCUUCUUAGCGGAUGCUGACGAGGGCAACAAAGCAGAUACACAAGUAGAGGAAGCGUGGAUCGGAAGCGUUCGAGACUUGGCCAGUGACGUUGAAAACAUCAUUGAUGAAUUCAUGUAUCACAUAUACGUGCAGCGUAGAGGCAGUCAAUUUGCAAGGUGGCUCCGCAAAACCAUUCACUUCUCCAAGAACCUUUGGUAUAAGCGUCAAAUAGCCAAAAAGUUACAAAAAAUUGCUGUAACGAUUAGAGCUAUUCAUGAGAGAAAUCAGAGAUAUGGUGGCGCUGCAGCUGUAGAAGGAAAAAGUACUUCUGAGGAUAUUCGCAGAUGGGUACAGAACCAAGCGGAGUCUUCUCUUUACCAAAAGGAGGAUGAACUCGUCGGGAUUGAAGGCGAUAAGAACAUGUUAAUGGGAUGGCUGAUGAACAAAGAGCAACACCAAAUUGUUGUGUCCGUGGUUGGGAUGGGUGGAUCCGGGAAGACAACUCUAGUUGCAAGGACUUUCACCAACCAUGUUGUGAAGAGCCAUUUCGAGUGUUAUGCGUGGAUUACUGUUUCCCAAUCUUAUGUGAUUGAAGACUUACUUAUAAGAUUGAUGAAAGAAUUCCACAAAGCAAGGAAGGAAGAGGUCCCUGCGAACAUGAAUUCCAUGAGCCGUCAUGAAUUGCUAGAGAUUUUGGUGAACUACUUGGAGACUAAAAGGUACCUAGUUGUAUUGGAUGACGUGUGGGAUAUCCAUCUCUGGGAGAAAAUAAGGUUUUCAUUUCCAGAUACACAACUUGGAAGUCGAAUCAUGAUUACAACUAGAAGAGAAGACAUAGCAUCCUCUUCUUUUCGAGUUGAAAGCCAUGUUCACAAGAUUCAACCGCUGGAAAGGAGUGAUGCUUGGGUGCUCUUCAGCAUGAAAGCAUUCUCAAGUUACCCUAACAAAUCUUGUUCACCUGAACUUCUGCCAUUAGCUCAGGGACUGGUGGAAAAGUGUGGAGGCCUACCUCUUGCAAUCGUAGCCUGA